CACAGGGCUGGACACAGCUCUUUGUAGGGAUGAGUAGGUUAAUGCAAAAUAGGCUCUUGCUACUUUCUGUACUUAAAUUAAUUGAAAUAGUUGUGUACAAUCUUGCGAUACUUUUUCGAGCACAGUUCACAGAGAACUUUCCAUAUAACUCGUCAUUUCCCCUAUCUAACAAAUGAAGAUGGCGGCCGUUGUAGAAAGAGUAGAGGGAGGUUUUGGAGUCCUGGAUUGUGACUCGGUGUCACCGAGAUUGUGUACACCACCACCGGAUCAACCACACCAGAACAACCCGCUCUUAGGACUUCCCAUUGUGGCGAUUGAAACUAUUCUCAAUUUCCUGUCUUACGACGAAAUCAGCCUGCUACGCUUGGUAUGCAAGCGCAUGGACAUGAUCAAUCAGCGCAUGCUGAACCAAGGCUUCCUCAAGGUGGAGCGUUACCACAGCCUGUGCCAGAGGCAGGUCAAAGCCCAGCUUCCAAGGCGGGAGUCGGAGCGGAGGAACCACUCACUGGCCCGUCAUGCUGACAUCCUGGCUGCAGUAGAAACGCGCCUCUCGCUACUCAACAUGACCUUCAUGAAAUAUGUGGACUCCAGUCUUUGCUGCUUCAUCCCUGGCAAGGUGAUUGAUGAGAUCUACCGUGUGCUGCGCUAUGUGAACUCUACACGUGCGCCCCAGCGGGCUCAUGAGGUGCUGCAAGAGCUGCGGGACAUCUCUUCCAUGGCCAUGGAGUACUUUGAUGAGAAGAUCGUCCCCAUCCUGAAGAAGAGGCUUCCCGGGGCCGACCUGUCAGGGCGCCUCAUCGGAUCUGCCCCAGUGGCCGGACCCUCCACCUCCCUGACCACUAUGUCCCUGCUGGCUAAGAACACGCCGUCACGCUCUGAGAUGACCAAGGUGCAGCAGCAGGUGAAGGUGAACGGGGCGUCCAUGACGGUGCUGCGGCGGGAGAAUCAGGAGGUGCGCGUCAAGCAGCUGGAGCAGCAAAAGCAGCUGCAGGACCAGGAGCAGAAGCUGCUGGAGCAGACGCAGGUUAUCGGGGAGCAGAACGCCCGGCUGGCUGAGCUGGAGCACAAGCUCAGGGAACUGAUGGACAGUGCGGUGGGGGGAGGGGCCAGGCCGGCUGUAGCCGCCUCCACCUCAGCAGCUUCUUCCUCGACAGGCUCCGCUGCCGUCACCACAACGUCUUCUGCUGCCGUCGCCACGGCAACCAGUGCCAUGGCCGCAGCGGUGGAGACGGCAGGCAGCCUGCCCCUGAAACGCACCAGGAAGAGCUCAGACCUCCUGCGCCAGUCCAAACGCCUGCGCAGCAAGAAAUAAGACAAUGUUUUUUUUGUCUGAUUGCAUCUCCAACCAUGUCCUGUGACAUUAUUUUAAUUCUCAUUGUCUGGAAUGUCUUUAGUAGAGGGGGGGGUCAUGGUAAAGGAGUCAGGAGUUGCUCUGUUUCCCUGGCGUUGAAUUCCCCUUGUCAUGUCCCUCUCAAAUGCAUACAGAAACUACACCAUGGACAUCUUUGUGCUGAUUAGGCCAGCAUAUUUGGGCAAGAGUGCUAGUAGUCUCCUCAGUUUAACCACAGACUCUUAAAGCCACUAAGAAUUUGCACACUAGUUGACAAGGUGCGAGUUAGGUUGAAAAAUCUAAAACACUUAAUCUUGGUAUUCAGUCUUUCUUGUCCAUCAACAAAAGUCAAUCCAGAUUAGGUUGUUGGCUCCUAGUGGGGAGAGAGCCUCAUCUUUGCAGUGAGGCAAGAAAUAAUGAGUGCUUUCUAAUAUGCAUUGCUUAACUACUGAUGAGGUGGACUUUGGUUGUUAAAAAUGCAUUUGAAAUAUUGGCUAGAUGAGACCACUCAGGAUAAAGGAUGUUUAAAUUCUGCCUCUGAGCCAAUUUUGUCCUUAUUGAUGCAAAUACAAUUUUUAUCUUAAGAAGUCAUUUUAUUAUUGUUUUGUUCUGUGUUGGCCAGGUGGGAUUGCUUAAUAUCCUUGUUCAAUAUUCUUUAUUUUUCUGAGACGGGCUAAAUUAAAGGGUUUGACUCCUGCAUCGAGAGGAUUAUAUUACAUUACUUGCCCUUCCCAUCCCAAAUUUGGUGCAAUUAAAAUUAAAGGAAGUUAUUCUCUAUUUCCCAAAAAUUAGAAUUUAAUUUAUUUUAGGCAGGUCCUGGGAGAUUACGCAUCCUCAUGAAAAGGACAGUUUUACGAUUCCUAUUGUAAUGAACGGUGUUCAGCUAGUAUUAGUGAAAUGACACUUUUGAUUUUAAAUGCAUUUCUGUGUUCCACAAGAAGAUGCAGUCUUUGGCACUCACUGAGUUGAAGACAGGCAGGCUAAUGUGGCGAUUGAUCAUGUAGCUGAGGGAGCGUCUCUAAAGCCAUGGUGCCUGGGAAAUUAAGGAAAGGGACUUGUUUUACAUUGGGCAAUGGCAGGACGGCUAUAGGAUCCCACAAAAGACUUAGUUUUCAGAGAUCAAUCAUUUCCAAAAAAAAGUUCUGACACAAUCUUCCUUCAGGGCUAGAGUAAUUUUGCUCCAUCGUUUAUCUAUACGUUUUGGAAAUGGCUGUCAUUGAUCAAAUACUAGUCUGAGUAAAAUUUGAUUUAUAUGCAGUCAAGUAUCUGUCUUUGGGGAAGAUUUAUCAAAGCUUUAUAUAAGAGGUAGAAAUGACCCUCUGUAUUGAUUGACCAGACUGGUGAUUCUGUCUUGGAGGUCAAAGGUAAAUUUGCCACUUUGAAAAUGUGUUUAAUCAGUUGUGCAGUUGUCAUCUAGACCUACUUCUCUGUCUACUGAUCUUAUUGUUAUGCUAUCUUUGUACACAAAGUUUAGUCCCAUGUAACACCAAGUUCAUCUGUUCAAGAAAUAUUCAGAUUUGCCAAAUGACUGCCGUGCAACUACAGUAGAGGUUGACCAAUGUAAGCCCUACUGAAGAUAACUUUUAGUAGAACUCCUUUCACAAUUUAAAAGGAUUUAAAGUCUUAGGUUUCUCCCUAAUUGCUAUAAAAACACUCUUGCACAACAGCACCCUUCCCAUUUCAAGAUCUCUGCACACAGUUCUCUUUUUAGCUUGUGAGCCCAUUUAGCAGACGCUCUUAUCCAGAGCGACUUACAGUUAAGUGAGUGCAUACAUUUUCAAAUGACCUCAACCACUUGUGGCAUGAAAUCUGUGUGGCAUACUGGGAAUCGCAGUACACAACUGAGUGGACUCUAGCGUGUAUUCUAAACGCACUGGGCAGGAAACACAAGAAUAUGUUAUCUAGUGGCUUAAUUUGAGACUGCGUCUCAGUUUAGAAAUGAGUGUACUGUAAACUUCAUGUACUACAAAAGUGUAGAUUGUGGAUUAUUAUGUAUAAGAAAAGUGUAAAUUGGCCAAACUGUAUAGGUUGUUGCACACUUUACCGUUACAAGUACAAAUGAAGCAUUAAAAUAAGUUAACCUAUCGA